AUGGCUGUAUCUGGGGGGCCAUAUGAAACCUUGGAUGACAUUCCGGCCCACGUGUGGAGAGGGCUUCCAGACAGCAUGAGGCUGGGCUCCUCGGCUGUCUGCCCAAACCGUAUAGGUGUCUGGGCAUCUAGACUAAUUCCUAAAGGCAAGAGGUUUGGACCAUUUGUAGGAGAGAGGAAGAAGAGGUCUCAAGUGACCAGCAAUGUUUACAUGUGGGAGGUAUAUUUCCCAACCAGAGGAUGGAUGUGUGUGGAUGCCACAGACCCCAUGAAGGGAAACUGGUUACGUUAUGUGAACUGGGCACGAUCUUCCCAAGAGCAGAACCUGUUUCCCUUGGAAAUCAACAGAGCUAUUUACUACAAAGUGUUGAGGCCAAUCAGGCCCGACGAUGAAUUGCUGGUGUGGUACAAUGGGGAAGACAGCCCCGAGAUAGCAGCUGCCUUGGAGGAAGAAAGGACCAGUAACCUGAACAAGAAACAUCCACCGAGAGCGAAGCGAGCAAGAAAGAAGCUGUUGGAAAAAGCUCGACGGGCUGGUUUGGGAAGAUUAUCUGGGCAUAAGCCAUCGAGUGCAGCUAAACCUACAGUCACUGAGAUGAGUGACAUAAAGGAAGGCGCGAGCAUAGAGGAAGAGAGACCCUCUGCAUCCACACAGCCGGCCCAGGAGAAGUGUGCUUCCUACUCAACCUCCAAAGAGACCAAGGACUCCUCUCCGGUGCCGACAGCAGUGAAGGAGCAGAAGGGUGCAGAGGAGGCAGAUCAAGGUGAACUACAGCUGCUCUGCCCACAUGACAGCCCAGUACGCCCUGAUGAGGCGGAGCUUGAGAACAGCAGUGAACAGCCUCACCCACAGUUGGCUCCCAACAGCCCCGUCAAGGAAAGCUCGGAGAGUAUUUUUUGCGAACGCGAGUCCUCGCUAGUGUUUCGUGAGUUAGAUGCUGAAGGCGACCCCGAUCUUGAUGACGAUGCCCAGGGUGAAACCCACCCUUGUCAGCACUGUGAACGCCAUUUCUCCACCAAACAAGGCUUGGAGCGCCACACUCACAUUCACACCAUGGCAAACCACCAGACCAACACCUUCAAAUGCAGGUACUGCUCCAAGCCCUUUGGCUCUCAGGUAGGCAGGCGAAGGCACGAAAGACGUCACGAGAGUGGGAGCAAAGGCCUGAAAAGGCUGGGGGCGCUGUCAGGAACGGUGCUUCUCCUCAGUCCCUCUGGGUUCAGCAACUCUCCUACCUCUGAUGUUGUGACCUCUCCGUGUCCCACCAUUAUGAGUUCACGCAACGGUCCCCCUCAGCCAGGCUCUGGCGCGUCGACUAAAGAUAUGGGGGCGGAGUCUGACCCACCUUUUGUUUUAGACGAGAUUGAGGAGUCGAAAGAAGUGCACCCUUGCAAAUACUGCAACAAGGCCUUCGGCACACAUACCAACAUGCGCCGGCACCAGCGCAGAAUUCACGAGCGCCAUCUCAUGCCAAAAGGUGUUCGGAGGAAAGGCAUUCUCCUGCAGGACGGAUCGGCCCAGCAGCUGGAGCAGGGCCGUGCUGGAGCACUUGGGACUACAUCUCCGACCUCCAGCCCACCACCCACCUACGUGCCCAGCGUGGACACGGAGGAUGAGGGCGAACGAGAGGAAGGCAUGGUCGACAUCUCCAGGAACAUCUCGGAGAACCUCAGCCUUUACAUUGAUGGGAAGAUCCUGUCCACGAGCUCAGACAGCGGCUGUGAAGUGAUAGAGGUCGACUCGAACGCUGCCGCACUUUUCGGACUCGAUGCAGUCAUCUUGAAUCCUAACCAAAUAAAUCAGGUCCUUAAAGUUGAAACACGGCCUAGCCCCGUGAAAGAGCUUUCACUGCCCACUCAGUCAACUUCCAAAAGGAGAACUUCUACCCCACCACUUCUUCCUGCAGUGAAAAUGGAAUCUGAAACUGUAUCAUCUACUGCUGCUACCUCCUCUUCCCCUUCACCUUUAUUGGGUAGCAGCGUCUUCCCCCAAUCCACAGAGACGUUGGCCUUUCAGAAAGAGAAAGCCAUUUAUCUUUCUCCUAAAUUGAAACAGCUUCUGCAGGCCCAGGACAGUCAAAAGUCUUCACUGGCCCUAAUAGCAGAUAGCCGUAGAUUGACUACCCCACUUUCCAUAACCUCUUUGCCUGCUGCUCAAGGGAGAUUUAAAAGAAGGACUGGCUCUCCUCUCACACCCGUGCAAAGCAGCCCCUCCGAGAGCUCCAACUCUGAAACUGGAGAUUCGCUACUUCUCAAGGUGCCGAAGGUUGAAAGCCAUAGUGUGAUCCAGUCCUGGAGCAUAUCCAGCAAAGAUCAGAGAGACUCCAUGAGUCCCCCUGGAAAGGACUGGUCAGCUUCGAUAAGUGGAGGCAAUUCUUGCAAUCAGCAGCCCCUUGACCUUUCCAGCGCUGUUGCUAAAAAAGACAGCGACGUAAGCAAAGGGCCUGGAGAGUCGGUGCUGGAUUUGAGCGUGCAUCGUAAAGGUGCAGCUGACCAUGAGACGAAAGCGAGCAUAUUGGUACAGGCGCAUGUCAAGAGAAAGAAACCCAAUACCAGCAUGCUGGAGAAAGUCUUAAUGAACGAAUACACUGGAUUGAGUGCCUCUGCAGAGGAGGGCUGUCCUAGCCUCGGAAGCCCAGACGCCUCCUUGUCUCCGGCCAGCGCUGCGAGUGUCUCCCCAUCCAGUCCGUGUUCUAAUUCAGAGCCGCCUCCCUGUGAAUCUGCCUCCCCACCUUCCCUGACCCCUGUGAUCAUGAAUCCUUCCUCCCCGUCCAUCUCCAGCCAGGCCUCUUCCACACCCCCACCCCCUGUUCUGCCCUCUGUCCCUUCACCUCCGCCUCUUGCUCCAUCUUCAGACUGUUCUUUUCCUAAAUUGUCUCCCAAACCUGUCGACCAUGUGAUGGAGGAAACACCAGGGCCCCCUAUUGUAACAGAAACAUGCAGUGAUUCUUUAUCUUUGAAUGAUGAUGACUUGGACCAAACUGCUGAACAGUUAAACCCUACAACCGAUGCACUGCCUUCGAGUCCUCAGGAUGUAAAAAUACGUUGUAAAGCAGAUUCCAUUUCAGACACCGAAACUGAAACACUACUUAAGGGCUCCACCUCUGAUUCUAAGCUUAAUAUACUAAAAAAUGCAAACAAUGUGGUUUCUUCCUAUGAAAGGAGAAUUGACUCCAACACCAGCCAGUUUGAUGUAACUUUGCCUCAAGACCUCAAUAUUAAAGCUGAGGUGGGACAAAACCCACAGUCCUCUCGCUCUCCGGUACAUUUGUGUCCUAAUGCAAAAACACUCUCUCCCUCUUCUCACAAUUUAGUGACAGAUUGUCAAACUUCUUAUAUAGGGCCGUUAGCUGGGAAGGGCACAGGUGUUGAUGAACCUGUAACAGUUAAAAAGACGGUUGAAAUUCUGCCUAGCGCCAAUGGCAUAUCAUCAGCAGCAGCCUUGGCCAGAUCUCCAGCAAAGACUCCUGAUGUGGCAGACACUUUGGAGCAGGACACCUUUGUCAAGAGCUUUGUGUGUAACGUCUGCGAGGAGCCUUUUAACUCCAUUAAGGAACUUAGCAGCCAUAUUAUAGAUCAUGCAACCGAACGACCUUUCAAGUGCGAGUUCUGCGUGCAGUUAUUUGGAAACGCAGCAGCCCUGUUGGAGCACCGUUCCUCUCUCCAUGGUGUGGGGAGGAUCUAUGUUUGCUCUGUCUGUUCCAAAGAGUUUGCUUUCCUCUGCAACCUCCAGCAACACCAGAGCGACCUGCACCCCGGCCAGAGCUGCGAUCACACUUCAGUUGAAAAUGGCAAACUCCGGCCUCAGAAUUACACGGAUCCAGCUCAGGCGGAGGUGGAGAAGAGUUCCACGCUUUCAGCUCCUGACAUGACUGCCGACCAUGCCUCUCUGGAUUAUUCUGGAGUAUGCGAUGGCAUCGAAGUUAAAAAGGAAGCCGGUGAUGAUGUCACUGGGCAAGAGGACCCCACGGAAGAGCUGUACACUACAAUAAAGAUUAUGGCCUCUGAGGCUGGAAAACCCAAAGGGCCGGACGUCCGCCUUGGCAUCAAUCAGCACUACCCCAGCUUCAAGCCUCCCCCCUUCCCUUACCAUAACCGAACGCCUGCUGGAGAGAUAGUCUCUGCAACUAACUUCACCACCCACAACAUCCCUCAGACGUUCAGCACAGCAAUCAGGUGCACCAAGUGUGGCAACAGCUUCGACAACAUGCCUGAGCUCCACAAACACAUUCUGGCCUGUGCCAACGCAAGUGAUAAGAGGCGGUACACUCCCAAGAAGAACCCCAUUCCUCUCAGGCAGAUAGUUAAACCGCCUUUGAAUGGCGCCAUGCGGCAUGCAGCAGUAUCGGCUGCUGGCGUAGGACAGAACACCUUCCGUAGGAUGGGUCAACCCAAGAGGCUCAACUUCAUCCAGGAGAUGCCAUCCAAGAUGAAAAUGACUGCCCUGAACAAGAAGAAGAACCAACUUGUGCAGAAGGCAAUAUCCCAGAAGAACAAGGCCAUUGCUGCUUCGGUAAGGAAAACCCCCGCCCAGGUGAAAGACGAGGUGCCGGAUGUCCACGUCUGUCCCUACUGUAGUCGAGAAUUUACGUACCCGGCCAGCCUCACAAAGCACAUCGCAUGCAGUUGUCCUCAGAAACCUGUUGCUAAGAAAAAGAAAGGAGUGCUUUCGCCUCAAGACAAAAACAUGAAACUCCGUAGUCGAGCCACAGACUCUGAAAUCAAACAGGAGCCUGGAACAGGCCAGCCAACGAGGCCACUGGGGAAAACUAGGGCCCGUAGCUCGGAGCCGCUAGAAAGUGAUGUCUCGGCAAGCCGGGGUAAAGUGGGGGCUUCUCAGGUGCGCGCCAAGAGACCUGCUUCCAGCGUGGACAGCCCAGUCCACAAAAGCAAGAAAGGCAGAAAGAGCAGCAGGCAAUCUCCGGUGCCUUUGGCACCGGUACUCGCGGAGGAGCCGGCAGCAAAGCCUGCUCAGAAACCCCCACGUGCCGGGAAAGAUGCAGCUCCAAAGAAGGAGGUGGAGAUGAAACCACAGGUGCAGUCCAAGAAGGAGGAACGCUUUUCUGUGAGGGUGCGGGAGAGGGUGGGCGGGCCAGUAACGCGUAGCCUACAAAUGGCCAGUUCCAUGGGUCCUGGUGGGACUGACGACCCUGCAAACGGUGUUCCUGGACCUGGGGAGUAAACGGAAUCCCUGUUGAAGCUCACCGGAAGUAGAAAACUCCAAGCCGGAGACCUGGUGAACUUGGUGGAUUUAUUGGACUAAUUAGAUACAUGUAAUAAGAUAUCAGGAGCUUUACUUCUCCAUGUGUGCUUCAGUUUGGCUGACAGAAGCAUGUUCUUAAUGCACUUUCAGAAAUGAGCCUUAGUUGGAUGUGCGACCCUCCCAAAUGAAAAAAGAAAAGGGGGAAAAAAAAGAAAUGUAGAUUGAUGCCUGUAAAUGUAUAUUAAAACUAAUAUUACUUGAUUUAUCAAUAAUGGCCCUGCAGUUCCGUUAAGAAUGAUGGCCGAUCGUAUUGCAAAAAGGCAAUCAUUUAUCAGUUGUUAUCGCAACUUUUUUUUUUUCUUUUUUUCUUGCCUUUGCGUUCUGUGAAAUCUUUAGAAUUCAAGUCUCUUCCUGCAUGUGCUAUGAAUACGGUAUGGCAAGACUGACCCUUUUGUGUCAGUCCUCUUGCUGUCUUUCCCCUCUUCUUCAUGUAAAUGGAGGCGGGGGGGUGUAUGGAUAUUUAAUGUGAUGCUCCAUACGGAAUGCGAUAUUUGUUCAAAUGAAGCUCUUGCAUUCAGAGGUUUGUGUUGUUUUUUUACUUUUCUUUUGAGCACAGUAAUGAAACGAGCUGUUUGAUACAGUCAUGAGUGGGCAGUAACAGUGUUCUGUGUGAAUGUGAUCUAUCCCUGCCUGACCCAGCCAUCCAUUAAGCCAUUUGUGGUUUUCUCAGUACUUUUUAUAAUCCAUAGCAUUUACAGCAGGAAUGCUGACCAUUAAAACACUAAAUAUGAAUGAGUGAAAACACUGCGCUGGGAAUAAGUCUUCUGAUACCCUUCAUAUGUGAGGAUAAGCAGUGCCAUGAUUAAACUCAAGUUAUGUAAUUGUCUGCUUGACUCAUUCUGACCAUUUCCCCACAUCUGAAAAUCUCGGUUUAGCUAAUUUUGCAUUUAACAAAUCCAUGAGUAGUUUUGGUUGCAAAAAUGGUUUCUGUUCUGUUUUGACAGCUUUUGUAAAUGUUUUUUGUUUGUUUGUUUGUUUUUCCCUUCUACCUUUUAUCAUUUAUAGUUGCGCAGCCACAGUGGGGUUUUUUGCUUUUUUUAUAUUAAGGGUAGAUCAAUUGCUAUAGUGAUGCAUAAGACCAGUGUGGAUACUUUGUUUGUUUCUGAGAUGUGAAGACAAAUUCCACUGAACAUGAGGGGGGUGGUGUCUAUAUU